AUUUUUCAUGCAAACACACAAGAAAUAAAAUUUAAUUAUUAAUAUUUCGGGACUCAUUUGUUAAAUAGUUUGUCAUUCGUUGGGUUUAGUCAAAAGAUCUACGAAGAGAUCACAUGUUUUAGCAUGUGAAUGAAACUAACUUUCUCUUAACUUUUACUUCCUCAAUUCUUCGCAACAAACCUUUUUUGUUUUCUUCGAAGAAAAUUCUAAUUUGCUAAACUCUUCGUUAAUUAUUGCCACAACUCACAAAGUAAUUAUCACAAAACCAAAAACACAGUAAAUAUAUCGGAUUUUAGAAACAAAAGUAAAGUGUACUUAGCAAAUUAGAAAAAGGUGGUUUUGACGAGAGCAACAUUAUUCAAAAUAUGAGCAGUAAAACUGGUUUUGACCAUGUGAUGAUGUGAAUAAUUAGUACCAAACCUUAGCUGUUGUGUUACUGUUCCAUUCACCACCUAAUUAAAAAACAUCACUCCUUUCCUUCCGGUUUAGGCUCCAAUUGGGUCAGUUUAAAAAGUGGGCUUUGAUUUGGAAAGAACAGAGAUCGGGUUUACAGUCGAACCGUCCCGGUACGAUUGAUUAAGAAAAAGAUCCGGUAUGGACUGAUUUAAUUGAACCAUUCGGUUUAGUCCCGUUUCUUUAGUAGACUAGGUUCUUCUUCCCUGACUUUCGUCUCUAUCCAGUCGCCGCCGAUUAUCUGACCGGUGUUUCAACUUCGCUCCACCGUCGGUAAGUUUCAUGAGUACUAAAAGACUUUUCAAUCUCAAUCCAAAUUUUACAGCCUCUCAAUUUAAAUUUAUGCCUCGAAGGCCAUCAGGGAGAAGAAGAUUGUCAAAGUAUCAACCUUUAGCAUUUUCACCGUUUAUGCGUUCUCUUACCUUUGCUUCAACGGCUAGACGUAAAUUGCCUCUUCCAGAUAUAUCUUUUGAUUCAAAGUACCCUAAUUUAUAUAAUAGGAAAGAGCAACAACUGUUGGAAUCCUCUGAUGAAGAAGACUCUCAGUGGGAUUUGAGUGGUUUUGUGGAUUUGAUAUUGGAUCAAACAACGUGGGAAGUGGGAACUGUGGUCAAAGUAGCAGAUGAUGAGGAUGAUGCAUUAUUUGCUCUUGUCACUGCUCUUAACUUGGCAAGAUACAAGGACAAUAAGUGCUUUAGAGAGCUAAAAGAGUUUCUUCUCAAAGUUUGUUCGGAGAAGAAUGUUGCUAGUGAUCUAGAACUACUCGUAGAGAAAAAGGCGAAAGAUGUCGGUUUAUUGGUAUCUCAAAGAGUGAUGAAUCUUCCUCCACAACUCCUUCCUCCACUAUAUGAUGGAUUGUUCGACGAAGUCUCAUGGGCCACUGAAGACGAGCCUACAGAACAGCUUCGAGGGUCAUUCCGCUUCAAGUCAUAUAUUCUAAUCACUAAGAUUCAUAAGUUGAAGCAUCCCAAGCAGAGGAAACCCUGUCGUGGUGAAGAAGAGAACGAGGAAACAAUAUUCCUGAAGAUGAAAUUUUUCUCGAGCUUACCUCUUGGUCCUUUACAUUCCCUAUACACUCGCAGCUCGGUACAUCUCAAGAGGUAA